AUGACUGAGAAAUCCGCGGCGGGAUCGGGCACAAUGUCCGACAAGAGCGCUGCCGUUGCCAAGCCCAAGGCCACAGGAGACGCAGGCAAGGAUGCGCGGGCAAAAGACUCGCCGGCAGCAUCUGCAGUCAAGUCCGAAACCUCCGGGACAGGAAUUCAUUCCAGUCCCAAGAAGCGCCGCAAGGUGAAUCACGGUAAGGUGCCGUUCGCGCGGUAUGCGACUGGGAUCUACGGGCGCAAACCUUUGGAGCCUGCCUGUGUCUAUUGUCGACGUUCGGAACGGCCUUGUACUCGUUGUAUAAAACGCAAUAUCGGCCAUCUGUGUCAUGAUGAGCCCCGGGAACCCACAAAACGCAGAGAUCAAGAGCAUUCCGCGGCGGACGAGGAAGGCUCGUCCAACAAUGAGGUGACCAACGUUCAAGGUAUGCGAGGGAGUGUUGAUAUUCCAGAUCCCGCGGGUCAGCAGAUCCUCGCGGACGUGAUGGCGUACAACGACUGGCUGGGCGGCCAAAAUCAAUUUCAAGACAUGCAUUCGCUCCAUCCUUCAUACAUGUUCAAUGCGCCGGAGGUCACGAAUGAGUACAACUUGCUGGGAGAUUUCCUCAGUAAUAGUCUGCUGGACGACGGCGCACUGUUCCAAGACCAGAGUAUGCAGGGCAUCUACUCCGAUCCGACUCUCAUGAACUCUAUGAACACAGUUGGUGUCGCAAACGGUCUGCCCCCGCCGGCGCAGCUUCCGCCUGCGGCGCAGAGUCAAGAGUCACAGGGAGACUCCAUUCUGCGCCCAACUUCCACAGUGGGUAAUGACAAGGCUCGCGAGACAUAUUACAUGACCGCAGCAGAUCCGUCCGGAUCAGACCCACCAGAGGAGCGCAUGAACAAGCUUCUGAAAGCCAAGUACGAUGCAGGAUUAUUGAAGCCGUUCAACUACGUAAAAGGCUAUGCCAGGCUCAACCAGUACAUGGAAAAGAACAUGCACCAAGCAUCUCGGCAGAAAAUUCUUCGACAACUUGACAAAUUCCGACCCAAGUUCCGGGAACGCAUGCAGAGCCUGACGGAUAUUGAGCUUAUCCUUGUGGAGAUGUGGUUUGAGCGGAGUCUGAUGGAGUAUGACCGUGUGUUCGCCAGUAUGGCCAUUCCGGCCUGCUGCUGGCGACGUACAGGCGAGAUCUUCCGUGGUAACAAUGAGAUGGCACAACUGAUCGACGUACCUAUAGAGAGUUUGCGUGAUGGCAAACUUGCGAUCCAUGAGUUCUUCGUCGAGGAUCAACUCGUGAGCUACUGGGAGAAGUUUGGCGCCAUUGCUUUCGACAACACCCAGAAAGCCAUGCUCACCAGCUGUACCCUGAAGAGCCCGAGUAACCCGACGGGCGAGGGUAUUCCAUGCUGUUUCUCAUUCACCAUCCGACGUGACAACCACAAUAUGCCUGCCAUCAUGGUGUCUUCCGCAGCUGGUGCUUUGACAGACGAAUUAACCGCCCUGGUCGUCUCAGCACGGCAGAUCAGAACCCCGGCCAAUGCUUCCAAGAUUUCCAUUGAGGACAAGAUUCACACCAUCGAAGAACAUAUUGCGAGAGUCACCAAUCUCUCGAAACUAUCAGCCUCGGAUCGAUCAAAAUUGGACUCGGUGGGGACAGAACUAUGGAAUGAUUGUCGCACCCAGGUGAUGGAAGCAAGCCAGCAUGAUAAGCAGAUAAUGGCAAUGAACAGCAGAAUGUUGCUCGUGACUGUCGCACUACUGGACCUUGCGUCGCCAUUCAACGCUCCAAGUAUUUUGACAACCAGACAAGAUAACACUACCGCACUUGACUACGCUCUCAAACUACUCAAAGUCGGAGCAAAAAGACUCGAUUUACUGGAAGGACUCGCCUCAGCCAUUGAUCAGAGUCAGAUGGACUCUAUAUCGGCUGAAUACUACAUGCUCCGUGUACACUUAGCUUGGCAACAGGGUCGACCUGAUAUUGCUGAUCACCUUUUCACAAAGGUUCCACUAAGGUCUAAACUCAAGAAUCGAUCUGUUAUUGUUGGGGAAUGCUUGUGCAUUGGUCGGAGUGCAGUGGAGGCUGGCCAAUACGAUGCUGCACUGAAAUGGCUCGAGGUGGCGCUGGACCAGUUACAAGAGAACCCGAAAGACCAGGGAUUGAAUUCAGGAAACUUCCACUUGCAUGUUCGGCAUGCUCUUACAUGGGCCUAUAUGAGGACUGACACCCCCGAGGCAGCGGAAAAGCUCGAGGAGCAGAUGACUGCACUGAAGACCCUACUUCAGAAAUACGGGGGAGAUUCUGUAGUGCAACUCCUCGAGCUUGAGAUCAUUCGGCGAAUGGAGAAACCAGACAGUGGCCAAUUCUUUGAAGUCUUGGGGGCUAUAGUUGUAGGACUUGAUCAUACGGAGGAAUAUCUGAAUGUAGUGCUCGGGUAUAUCAAAUAUUCGAUGCGCCUAAGUAUCGGCCUUGCUUUCGAGAUGUACCAGUCGCUUCUGAAAUCUCUGCCAUACGGCAAGCCCGAAUGGGUAGAAGAAUGCUUCCUUCGACUGCCGUUGAUGGUCAAUUCCAUGUCAUGCGAGCUCGAAUUUCCCCACGAGUUAAGCACAGUUGUCAUGAAGGAUGCAUUGGCCUGUCUUGAAGCCCGUGGCUUCGAGAGUGUGAGCCAGGAAGCGACCCAUGUAUUCUUCACGAUCCUUCUGAACAUGUAUGGGGAUCCGAGGACCCCUUCUCAUCGGCACAUCGCUGAGAACUGGUGCCACCUCACCUUGGGUGCAGCAAUCUUCAAAGACUGCCACAAAUCUGUCAGUUUCAGUCUUCAAAAAAGACUGGCUACAUUUUGCUCCGAUAACAACAGCGUGGCUUUGGCUCGGCAGAUUUUGGACCACAUUUAUGCUGAAAAUGGCAUUUUCAAGUCUGACCCCGAAAUCCAAUGCCUUGCGUUCAAACUUGCACUGCACGAUGGGAAGGAUAUCAACUUGAAGACAUACCUCUGUGGAUUGUCAAGCCAUACAUCUCAUUCCGAUCAAUUGAACUUCCUUCGAAGCUGGGCGGUAGAGGCAGGAAGAAUGAACAACUCAAAAGUAGUGAUCGACUGCGUUCAAGAGUUCAUGACUCUCACAAGCAAUCUGGAGAGCACUCAAGAGGGAUUUACUGUUGAGGAAGUCGGAUCCGACUCUGCCAAGCCACUUUCAAUGGCAGAUUCAUAUUUUUUCCCGCUUUCAAUACUAUCUGCCGAACUGGAAAGAGGACAGACUUCGACCGAGGACGAUAUAUUUCACUUGGCAUAUUCAGUCCUAAAAUGGGCCAAGCGAGGACUCAACACAACGGACUCAGACUUUUCGAUUCACGAGUUAGAGUCCGUUUGUACGGAUUCUUAUAACUUGACCUUGCAUAUCUUCAGCACAUUCACGCCAGAAAGUGCCAGGGAAGCACUGGAAACCACGAAAGAGAUCAUCGAUCUUUCAAGGCAAAGAGCUCAGUCUAUCCAAACCGAGAAUCACAAAUUCAUGCUUUCGAACCGCCAAGAAAGGAGAACAGAGAAAAAGAUGCCCUCACCUGAACUCGGUUACAUUGUUUACCAAUUCCUGUAUCUCGAAGUCAGUAUACGUGUCUUUUGCGUUCAAUCUCAGACCGAUCCACAGAUCAAGCUUGAACAAUACACAAAAAUCAACACAGCAAUCCGCUCAAUUCGAGACCAGGUACCACUGGACUCAGAGUGUCACCCACUGGAUACGGACACUCUUCGCAACCUCUCCGCAAAUGAAUUCGAAGCCGCUGUUGCUCUGAAACAGUGGAGCGCUGUGGCCCCGAUACUCUGUGACAGCGAGGAUAUUUAUGAUGCAACCCUUUUCGAUCAUUUCAUCAACUGUAUUCUUAGCUUUGAAAUGCCCGACGCGCACAGAGCUGUUUUUCUUAAUACAAUUCUGGAAAUCAUCCGCGGAGCUGGGACAGGCAUCCCGAUCGAUUUAGAUCAUCUUUCACCCUAUUACCAUCAUCUUUUCACAUUUGCCCUCGCCACAGCACAAUCAGAAAGAACCACGCAGCUCCCUGAUCUAUCCCAGGAAUGGCCACACGCCUAUCACGACAUGGCCGAAUCAGUCAUUGAUGAAGUCCUCAAAGCCGCUAGCGGUGUGUCUGAUCCAUACAAGGAAUGCCGAGAUGGCGAUCUAACUGCGGGAGAAUCUUCGCUACCAGAAACAGACCAACUCGCGUAUCCAAUCUCAGAGCUUAGAUACCUCGCGACAUCCUCAUUCAACCAGGCCAUGGACUUUUAUUCAGCAGAGAAUGACAGAGCUUGUCUGCGCUGGGCUCGGAAGGCUGUUCUGCUCGCAGAGUCGAUGGGCACUCCCGAGGGAGAGGAGCUGGUGUCCUUGUUUCAAUCGAGGUUGAAGGCAUUAUUCUAG